AUGGAACUACAAGGAUCUUGUCACUGUGGAAAGACUUCUUUUAGUGUGGUGUCGCACACGCCAGCUCCCUUUAUGCGAUGUUACUGUUCCAUUUGUCGUAAAUGUCAAGGAGGAGGAGGUUACGCUAUUAACAUAAUGGGAGUGUACAGUACACUUAAAGUCACCGGGAAAGAAUAUAUUCGAGAGUACAAGGCUUUACGCGACAAGACUACCAAAGAGCUCUGUGGAAAUACGCGUUAUUUCUGUGGUGAAUGUGGUAGUCAUCUAUAUGCCUAUAAUCCUGCUUAUGCUGACAGUGUGUAUCCAAUGGCGUGUGCUAUUGACAGCCCUUUGCCGGUUGUUGAACCCAAAGAUAUUUAUCACAUCAUGCUGAAUAAGCAGUCGAAAGCCAACUGGGUCCUUGCUCCCACGCCCAGCCCUGAGAACCAUGCAUUUGAAGAAUAUCCCGAUACAUCGAUUUCUCAAUGGCACAAGGACAAUAAUAUUCAGUAUUAACCAAAUCAAUCAAAAAUCAAAAAUCAAAAAUCAAAAAUCAAAAAUCAAAAAUUGAAACAUAUUGAUUCAUUGAUUGAUCUGUUAGAGGGACUCUUUUCUUUUUCUUUCACCUCUGUACACUGUACACUGUACACUGCAGAUGUAUAUAUGAUUAUCAAUCUAUAUACACACACAAAACAAAACAAAAUAAAAUAAAAUAAAAUAAAAUAAAGUAAAAUAAAAUAAAAUGCAU